GAGGCGGGAAGGACUCGGGUCAGAGAGAGCGAACUAGCGGAGCGGGAAGCCGGGGCUCGGAGCGUGGCGGUGAGGGGUACACUGCGGGGAACCUCGGUGGGGCCAGGGAACGGUCCUCCAAGGUCUCUUGGGAGGGGGCCAAGGACUCGCCCUCAGUUUCCCUCUCCCCGAGUUCCCUCCCGGGCUCGGUUUAGGGCGCUCGCGGCAGCGCCUGCCAGGGCUUUCAAACUGCGCCGUUUCCUUCUUGGGCAAUAAGGACUUUCAGAUGUUAUAGACGGCCCCCUCCCCCUCCGGCCGCCUCGCCUGGCGCCCCUUCCCCCACCUCGCGGACGGCGCUGGGGGAGUGGCCAGGGGCCGCUAUAAAGUCUGGGGAGCGGGUCCUUCGCAGCCGCUCACCCCCAGCCCCCCGCCGGCCCGCGCACCCGCCCGCCCGCUUCCCUCCCUCUCUCCGCCUGGGCCGGGCGGAGGAUGCGGCGUAGCACCCCGGCGGCCAGGCUCGCUCCGCUCCAGCCCGCCUGCUAACUUCCCAGGCUCGGUUUCUGUCGGCCGGCCGGGCCGCCCCGUCUCCCAGCGCCCUCCGGCUCUUCGGGUCCUCCAGGCGCUCCAGGCGCCGCGGCCGCGUGCCCCCAGCUGCCUGCCCGCCCGCACCCCGCGCCCCGUCCUCGUCCGGACAUGCUGCCCCUCUGUCUCGUGGCCGCGCUGCUGCUGGCCGCCGGGCCGGGGCCGAGCCUGGCCGACGAAGCCAUCCACUGCCCGCCUUGCACCGAGGAGAAGCUGGCGCGCUGCCGCCCCCCCGUGGGCUGCGAGGAGCUGGUGCGGGAGCCCGGCUGCGGCUGUUGCGCCACUUGCGCCCAGGCUAAGGGCAUGCCGUGUGGAGUGUACGUGCCCCGCUGCGGCUCCGGCCUGCGCUGCUACCCUCCCCGGGGGGUGGAGAGACCCCUGCAGUCGCUGAUGCAGGGGCAAGGCGUGUGCAUGGAGCUGGCGGAGGUCGAGGUCAUCCAGGAAAGCCAGCAGCCCUCUGCUGCAGAUAAGGAUGAAGGUGACCACCCCAACAACAGCUUUAACCCCUGCACCGCCAAUGACCACAGAUGCAUGCAGAAGCACCUUGCUAAAAUUAGAGACCGGAAUGCCAACGGGGGCAAGAUGAAGGUCAUUGGAGGGACCCGGGAGAACAUACGACCUGUGCCCCAGGGUUCCUGCCAGAGUGAGCUGCAUCGGGCCUUGGAGCGGCUGGCCGCCUCACAGAGCCGCACGCACGAGGACCUCUACAACAUCCCCAUCCCCAACUGUGAUCGAAAUGGCAACUUCCACCCCAAGCAGUGCCACCCAGCUCUGGAUGGGCAGCGCGGAAAGUGCUGGUGUGUCGACCGGAAGACGGGAGUGAAGCUUCAGGGGGGCCUGGAACCAAAGGGGGAGCUGGACUGCCAACAGUUGGCUGACAGCUUCCGAGAGUGAGCCCUUUCUGUAGGCAGGGGGCUCAGUGCCCCUUGCUACCACGUCCCCUGGAGGCUGUAGAGCUGGUCUGGAGCCUGAGUCUGAGUCCUGGCUUUGCCUCAGGCCCAGAAGUUUUCCUGGGGUGUGUGCCUGUGUGUGUUUAUGAGCAUAGAUAUGCCCUUGGGGUGAGCCAAAGCCUAGGAGUGUCCUCUUUGGGCUUUGAUCGCCUGAAGGGACUGAAAAGUGGCAAUGGGGAGCCCUGUUGUGUUCCCAGAUUAAUCUUGGAUUCAUUCAUUCAUCUACAGACAUUUAUUGACCACAUAUUAUAUGCCAGCCCUAGGGGCUCUUAUCUGACUUCCUCUAGUUUGGGCUUGUGGGACCAGCCCCUCUACGGUGAGCACAGCCUGUGGGGGAAGAGACUCAGUCCCAUUUCCAGAAUCAGAGGAGGCGAAGUAGACAUGUACCAUAACCACUGUCCCUUCCCUCAAUCUAGGCAGAGGGUGGAGGCUGUAGGGAAGGUGUGGAAGAGCAGGUUGCUCAGUGGUCAGCAGAACCCAGACCCACGCCCCAAGCUCGGCCUGCCAGGCACUCUACCCCCUCCCCACCCCCAGGUCUUUCCAGGAGGAAGAAUCUGCAGAGACAAAACCAUCUUUGGGUGGCUGUUUGGUUUCCUGGCCUCUGAGACUCCUUCAUGGGGGGAGUGGCGGUGGGUCAAGAGGGACAGUCAGAGGAUUGGGGUGGUGGGGAGGGAAUGCCUGAUCCUGAUCAGCUGGAUCCCACCUAUCAGAUGGAGAAGACCUGCCUGUUGGGGGCUGAGGGAGUGUCUUGCCACAGAUUCUGCUUCCUCCCCAGUUUGUGGUUCCUACCACCACAGAAUCACCGGGCUCACCAUCCUUCAGUGGCUCACCGCCUGUGACCCUCUGCACAUCUUCCCCUACAUGCCCCUCCCCACACUUUCCUCUCUAGCUCCCCUGGGCAUUUUCUGGCUUGACUGGAUGGAAGAUUGAGGAACCUACCAGUUGGCCAUGAUGUCUUUUAUUAUUUUUUUUUAACAAAACAAACAAAAAAAUUA